UUUUUUUGAAAUAUUUCGAAUUUUUCGAGCGCGAGAUUCAAUUUCGGAAUCUGUCCGCAGGAAAUGAAAAUCUAACGCGUAAACGGAGCGCAAGUCAAAUGUGGUAACAACGCUUCCGCGCAAUUAUUUAUUUUUUGGCGUUCCAGUGUUGAGAACAUUGCUCGUGGAGUACCGGGUGGAAGUGAUCGCGCUUCGAGGUCGGUUUUGAAGGCGCGGAGGCCGGCGAUGGAGUCCGUGUGAGAGCGCCAUGUUCCCGCGGGGCGACGUGAAGGGGGCGGCGGCCCGGGAGGACGCCGAGCUGCCGUCGCGGCUGUGCGCGCCGCUGUGCUCCCGGGACGGGCAGGCGCGCGGCCUGGCCCUCGCGCUCAUCGAGCAGACCGUGGGCGGCUGGCUGGACGGCGGCGCGCCCCUCGUGGCCACGCACCUGCCCGUGCUCCUGCGGCUGUCCGUCGACUGCCCCUUCCAGGACGUGCGCAGCAAGUGCGGGGACAUCCUCCGCAUCGUCAAGGAGAGAGGUCUGCCCGUCUCACAGCCUGUCUCUACUGGCCCCAGCGCCUUCAUCCCGCCUGAAGAGCAGCCGCCUCUGGGGACCUUCAAUGAACAGAACAACCGUCUGGACCAUGUGACGCAAGUCAUGGGCUACCAUCCGACCUACCUGGACGUGUUCCUCCGGACGCAGAACUUCAUCCUGCGAGGCGACGGCCCACUGCCGUACGACUACCGCCACUUCAUCGCCAUCAUGGCGGCGGGGCGCCACCAGUGCAGCUACCUCAUCAACCUGCAGAAGCAGGAGUUCCUUCUGCAAGGGGGCGACCACGCCUGGCUCAAGGGGCUGUCCAAGAUACCGCAGAAGCUGCGGGACCUGUACGACAUCAACAAGAUCCUGGCGCACCGCCCCUGGCUGCUCAACAAGACUCACAUCGAGAAGCUGACGAAGGGCAAGGACAGCUGGUCGCUGGCGGAGGUGGUGCACGCCAUAGUGCUGCUGGCCCACUUCCACUCGCUGGCCAGCUUCGUGUUCGGCUGCGGGGUGAACGAGGAGCUGGACCAGCGGGGCGCGGGCCCGGGCGCCUCGCCCGCCCGGGGCUCCUCCCCGCUGCCCGUGCCCGCGGCGCCGUCCCGCCAAGACGACGCGUGGGCGGGGCCCGGCUCCCUCCCCCCGCCGUCGCCCGGCGAGCAGGAGGUGGGCGUGGAGAUGCUCAUGCAGCGCAUGAAGAGCCUGUCCGAGCGCUCCGAGGAGUUCAGCCAGGAGGAGAAGGUGAAGCGCUUCGAGCACGUCGAGAACCAGAGCGCGGAGCUGUCCCCGGGGCUGGAGCCCCUCACGCAGGUCAAGGCCGACAUCGGCCAGUUCGUGGACGACCCUGCGUUCCUGUACCAGGACUUCGCCAAGCGGGGGGAGGUGUCCGACAUACCCACCUUCAGGGUGCAGGACUACUCGUGGGACGACCAUGGUUAUUCGCUAGUCAAUAGGUUAUAUAACGACGUUGGCAACUUGCUGGAUGAGAAAUUUAAGACUGCUUACAACCUCACCUACUACACGAUGGGGGGCCUGAAGGACGUGGACACCUCGCGGUUCAGGCGUGCCAUCUGGAACUACAUCCAGUGCAUGUUCGGGAUCAGGCACGACGACUACGACUACGGGGAGGUGAACCAGCUGCUGGAGCGCGCUCUCAAGGCCUUCAUCAAGAUGGCGUGCUGCUACCCGGAGAGGGUCACCAAGAAGGACUACGACCGCGUCCUCCGCGAGUUCAAACACAGCGAGAAGGUGCACGUGAACCUGAUGGUACUGGAGGCCCGCAUGCAGGCGGAGCUGCUGUACGCGCUACGAGCCGUGAUGCGCUACAUGACGUAGUGCAGCGCACCGCGUGACGCCACACGGGGUCGCUACUGCCACCCCCCCACCGGCGGCCGCUCCUUCCGCAACGACCCCCCUCGUACCAAAGUGUUGUUGAUUGUGUAGCUAUCGUAGUCUGUUCCACAGUGUCCUCCACCCCCCCCCCGCCCCCCCUCCUCGCCAUGUCUGGCUCACGCUGGCAUGCUGAGCGAGACGAAACAAACCAUGUGAUCUGGCGUUCCUCACAGGCUCACGAUUUUUCAGACAGGUGUGCACACACUUGGUUUCCCCAGCCACAUCUAUGUUCCCCCGCUUACGUGUUUCCCCCGUACAGGCCACUGGUAGCGUUCCGUAUAACCUCUAUGAAAGUUUUUUGCACGUUCUCAAAAACGUGCGUAAUAGCCUCAUGCAAGGACUUCACCAGAUUUAAUUUCACGCUAGUAUGUAUUUCCAGUUAUUCCAGAAUUUUUUUUUAAAGUUUUAAUGUGAUCGCCUUCAGUUUGUUUUACAGUAACAUUUGUAUUUUAUUAAGUGAAUAUAAUUUAAAAAUAUAAAAAAUUUAGGGUUUGCUGUUAAUAUUAUUUUGAAAGGUUUUUUUUUUUGGUGCAUUGUGAUAUUUUGGAACACACAUAUUCUUUACACUGAGGGAAACAAGAGCAGAUUGGUUUGACAUGGCUGUGUACUUGAGGUUUUCCCGAGUUUUUGAAUUGUUCUUGUGGUCGGUAAGUGUCCGUCGUGAUCCCCUCCCCCCCUUGUCACCCGCCCGUGUAGCAUGCUGAAUGUCUCCCGUAGUCGGAACCAUCGCAGUUAGCGGUAGACGACGUAGGAACUAGUGGGCGUUCACAACCCCCUCUCGUACCGCCAGCCUGUGCCCCCCCCCCCCCCCCCCCCCACCUCAUCCCCCCGACCAGUCAGUGGCAGGUAAAAGAGACAUAUACUUUGUUCCAGUUUUACAGCACAGCACAAGAAACAACACAUUUGACUGUGAUCUGUUCUAGGUGAAUUGUAAUUGAUUGAUUACUACACUGAUGUACAUGUGGAUGUGUGAGCGUGUCUAUGUUGUUGCGUGCAUGCGAGAGUGUUAAAAAAAAUGUGCUUCAAGUCCAAGUGCUACGAUGUUGAGAGAAUGAAAGACAAAAAAAAGUGUGAGGUAUCAAGCUAUGUUUCGGAGGACCAGGCUUGUGAAGACUGUUCUUUAUGAUACGUUCGUGAUCCGUAGCAUUUUAAGUCCACAAAUUUAGUUUCUGAAUGAUAGUUACCAAGAUUUUGUGAUUUUUUUUUUAUAGAUAACUGAUGAAGGACAACCAUUCUCAUGCAACAUUUAAAAAGAACACUUGUUACUUUCAUUGCAUCAGAGUAAGGUUUGGUACACCCUCCCCUCAAAUAAAAUACUUUUUUUUUCCCAUAAGAGAGUACGUUUAUCAAAAUAAUUUGUUUUCCUAUCAGGUAAGUAUGUUUGCCAACAAACAUUUUAAUCAAGACUCUACUCCCCAUUAUAAUCAAUUUACAGUACUAAUAUAUGUCUAAAUACAUUUUAAGUACAUUUACAUAAAUUUUGAGUAACAUUUUGAGAUUUAAAAAAAUUUAAAAUUAAAUUUUAAAAAUUUACAGACUGCAUUGUUUACAUAAUAUGGCUUGGGUAUAACAUUACUAAGCGGCUCCAACAUCACUUCUGAGUUACAAGAUAAUAAUGUUAUUAAUAUAGGAUUUAAAUUCUAAUACGAUUUUUAAAAAAAAUCAUAAGUUAAACAUUUUCUAUUUAUCAAACGAUUAUUUAACUUUUUAAUGUAAUUCCUGACUCUGUUGUUUACUAAAUUAUUUGCCACCAGCGCAUUCUAGGAGCCACGAGGUAAACUAGCUCUUAAAGCUUCUGGCUUCUUUCUCCAGAGCUGCGACUGACAUGCGGGAUGGCGGGAUGGAAACAUUGGCUGAACACUUGGUCCAUCAUUGGAGAUAAAUACGCAAUGAAGGAAGCGAGUAGCUGUUAAGGAAAAAUCAAAAUAUUGUCUGUUGAUUCGUCACAUUAUUAAUUUGUUGCAUUAUAUUUAAUGUUCCACAAGUGCUAUUGCUAAUUAUGCACGCACUGGAAUAAAAAUUCACUUAAAAAAAAAACAAUGUUGCUUUGAAUCUUUGACCAUGCUACUUUAAAUCAUGCCAUAAUUUAUUGGCGUCGUUACUUCAAAACCGCGAUGAUUGAACAGUGUUACUUCGAGGGGCGGGUGUAAUGCUUUAGUCCAGGGUUGUACAUUAAAAACACAGUUUUGCUAUACCGGUACAAUUAGUUAAUAAAAUAAAAUCAAGAAAAACAAAAUUUUAUUUCUAGUAGGCUAGGAUUUUUUUAUUCUUAUCCUUAAAUUGCAACACUUGGACUUGAGUAAGGUAAUUUUUUGUGAUCAUAAAAUUUUUUAUUUCUUAACAAAUUGCCAGUUAUAUUAUUGUAUAGGCUUUUUAAAAAAUGGCUUAGAAAAUAAGAUACCGACAUUUUGCAAUAUUUGUGUUUGUAUCUUUUAAAAUAAUAAAAAAAAUAUAUAUAAAGAUAAUGUUUUGAAAAGUAAAAGAUAUUGUAAUAAUUAUAAUUGCUUCAGUGAAGCUUUCUAUGUGUAUAGGAGAAAAAAGUUGCAGAAAGAUGGCAGAGGAGAACAAAAAUAAUUUAGUCAGUAUAAUGAAUCCUAUAACUAUUAUAUGUUCAUAUAUGCUGGUUUUAAAAUGUACUUCCAAAAUUUUUUAAAAAAUAAAAAUCAUGUUUUGAAA